UAGAAAUUAAUUUAAAUGGCGACUGAUCUGUCUGAAGCUGAACCCUUACAUCAUAAGGCCCCAUUGUUAACGGGAGCUCAGCUGAUCCACACGGACAAGUUAAGUGAGAAGGUUGAAGACGACACCAUGCCAAUCCGUCGUGCUGUGAAUUCUUCUGCUCGGGAAACUCCUCCCAAAAGCAAACCUGCUGAAGGUGAGGAGGCCAAGCCAGACCCGGAAGUCAGCUCUGAGGAAUCUGCUUCUACUGGAGAGGAGCAAGAGAAUGAAACUCCACCUGCUACAUCCAGUGAGACAGAGCAGCCAAAAGAACCAGAGAGUGAGAAGGGAGAAGCAAAGUCUUCUGAAGAAACCAAAAAGGAUGAGAAGGAUCAGUCUAAAGAAAAGGAGAAGAAAGUGAAAAAGACCAUUCCCUCAUGGGCAACACUUUCUGCUAGCCAACUAGCUAGAGCACAGAAGCAAACACAGAUGGCUGCCUCCUCACGCCCAAAGAUGGAUGCUAUCUUAACUGAGGCCAUCAAGGCAUGCUUUCAAAAGAGUGGUGCAUCAGUGGUUGCCAUACGUAAAUACAUUAUCCACAAGUACCCUUCCCUGGAGCUUGAGAGGAGAGGUUAUCUUCUAAAGCAAGCACUGAAAAGGGAGCUGGAGAGGGGAGUCAUCAGACAGGUGAAAGGAAAGGGAGCCUCUGGGAGUUUUGUGGUGGUCUCUAAUGCAGGGAAAACUGUUCCGAAAUCCAGAGACAGAAAGAGAAGUACCUCCACAUCCACUCCAGAGCAGCAAGUCAAGCUAGAAGACAUCCUUCCGUUGGCAUUCACCCGCCUUUGUGAACCUAAGGAAGCUUCAUACAGCCUGAUCAAAAAAUAUGUGUCUCAGUAUUACCCCAAACUGAAGGUGGAUGUAAGACCCCAGCUGUUGAAGAAUGCCCUGCAGAGAGCAGUAGAGAAGGGCCAGUUAGAGCAGAUCACAGGCAAAGGAGCUUCUGGAACAUUCCAGCUGAAGAAAUCAGGGGAGAAGCCCCUACUUGGUGGGAGUCUGAUGGAAGAUGCCAUCCUGUCUGCUAUUGCUGCCAUGAAUGAACCGAAGACUUGCUCCACCACAGCUCUGAAGAAGUAUGUCCUGGAGAACCACCCAGGGACCAACCCCAACUUCCAGGUGCAUCUACUGAAGAGAACCCUGCAGAAAUGUGAGAAGAAUGGCUGGAUGGAGCAGAUCUCUGGGAAAGGUUUCAGUGGCACCUUCCAGCUGUGCUUCCCUUAUUACCCCAGCCCAGGUGUGCUGUUCCCAGAGAAGCAGCAGGAGGAGGAUUCUGAGGAAUCUGAGGAGGAGGAAGAGGAGGCAGAAGAGGAAUCUGAGGAGGAAGAAGAGUCAGAGGAAGAAGAACCACCUCCAAAGAAAAGGAUGCAGAUGCGAUCCCCCCCAAAAUCCCAGAGCAGGGCCCCCCCUGUGAAACGAAGAGAGUCCAAACCCAAGCCAAGAAAGGCCCCUGCAGUCCGCCGGGGGAAAGCAAAGCCCCCGCCCAAGGUCAAAACCCCUGCCAAGAAAGCCAGACCAGCAGCCCCAUCCAUCAAGAGGCCCUCUGGUAGCAGCUCUUCCAAGAAACCAGCAGCAAGCGGGAGAAAGAAGCGAAAUCCUGCCAAGGGCAAAUCCACCAUGAGGAAGUCUCUCCGGGCAAAAAAACACCAUGCGAUUACUGGGGACUCUACUUCCAAUGCUAGCUUUGGCUCUGCAGUAUUUCAGAGCCAAGGCCCCAAACUCCCACUGGAGUCAGCUACAGCGCAGCACUCAGAAGGACACUACUUGAAGAAGAUGAGGAAGUUACUCAUCUUGUGCUCCAUGACCAACCCUCCUCAGCUCUAUGUAGGAUGA